UCAAUUUAUUGUGGAAAAGUGUUGGAUCCUGAGCAACUUCUAUCCUAUUAUCAGAUAAACAAGGAUUCAAAAAUCAUAAUUAAUCCAAGACUCAGAGGUGGCUGUGCUGGUCACAACUGGGAUUAUGUAAUCAGUGAUCUGGAUCCAUACCAGCGUGUGCCUUUGCCAGGGGACCUACUUCUCCCGGAACAGGCCAUCAUACAGCCACAAAUGGAAGUGAAAUAUCUGGCACGUCUCCUCCAAGUUCGAUGUAAAAAAGUGCUAAUCUACCUGUGCCGGAAGCACUUUAGUGGCCAUUCCUUCGGAGGUAACUUCAGUUCCCAGCAAAUUAUGUUUGACACCGAUGGAAAUGUCCGUAUCGAUGCUGCCCCAGAAAAAUAUAGUCGGCCUUCUGCCUUGUUGGACUACAAUGCUGUUUCUGUAAUCUUUGACCGGGCCUUAGGAGACGCAGCUGACAAAUAUCCAAUGGAUUUUCAUCAUCUGAUUGCGCUCUUGUCAGCUAAAGGUCCAAAUGUUGACUGUCAAAGUAAGGCAGUGAUUGCUUUUGUCACAAAUCACAUUUCUCUCUUGACAUAUUCUGAAAGGAUCAAUCACAGUGCAUUUCUGGACCUUUUGAUUAAAAGGCUUGGUGAAGAUGAUCUAACCGCCUUGAUAAAAGCUCUCGCGAAUUUUAAUUGGGAGAACAGGUUGAGGCAGAUUCCAGCAAUGGAUAAAACGUACACUUAUAUUUGGUGGGAAGAUGAUGAGGGGAACAUACGGUACCCGUACAAGAAUAAUGGAGUCAGUUUGCUCGCGUUUUCUCACAAUUUCUUCAAACACCGCUUAGGGUUCCCAUUAGAUAAGCUUGAAGCAGCGUUCUCAUUGGUGGUGGCUGAGAAAUAUUUUCUAGCACAUAUGCUGUUUCAAAUUUUAGUUAGAUUCAAAAGCAAAUGCCAGCAGCCAUGCCCUGCAUCGAUUGAGACUUUUGUUGAUGAAGUGAUUCAAAUGCUUGGUGAUCACACAGUUGAUUGUGAGAUGGUCCAAAAUAACUGA